CCGGGCAGGGAUGGGGGGCAGACAGGGGUCGCCCUCCAGCACCCUCCGCUCCCCAGGACCGUGAGGAUGCAGGUGCCUGGGCAGCCCAGCCCCAGGCAGAGCCGGAUGCGUUGGAGAUUGGGGGUUCAGAGCUGGGCAGGGGGCUCCUGGCCUGGGCUCGGUGCCCGGCACUGCUGGGACCUAGCUGGGCCGGGCUGGGCUGGGAGGUCACGGGGCAGGCCGGGCUUUGUGCAGGGGAAGCACAAAGGAGCCAGACAGAGGCUGUUUGUUCUUUCCCCCCGCAGCUGCGCAGAGCUGGCGGUGGGGGAGGGAGGCCCAUCCAGCUGCCUCUGCCCAUCAGGCUUGACACGGGGCUGAGGACCCCGGAGCCCCUCGUCGCCACCUCCCCGUCCAGCCCGCUCUGCCCAUAGGCGAGCCCAGGCGGCUGCGGAUGAGGGAGACCCGGGGCCAGUAGAGGAGCCCGUCCUGUGGAGCCCCGCCAGCCCCAGCGCCGCCCGGCCUGUUGCAGCCCGAACCCUUGCAAUGUCCCAGCCUCUCGCCUCCACCCUGCCCAUCCCCGAGGGCCAGGAGGACACCAGCCCAGACCUGAGCCCGUAUGAUGAGGGGGCCGUGCACGACUCCUUCCACGAGAUCAUCCAGGAGCAAGGCCUGCAGCUGCGGGAGCUGUGCUUGGGGGGCAAAGAGCCCUUGGCCUACAUGCCUCCUCUCGCCCCCGGGGCCGAGGCCUGGGCCAAGCCUGAGUGCAGCUGGGAGCACCCCGAGUACUCCGCCGCCACGCUGAGGAUCCUGGCCAGCAUGCCCAGCCGCACCAUCGGCAGCAGCCGCGGGGCCAUCCUCUCGCAGUACUACAACCGCACAGCCCGGCUGCGGCGCCGGAGCAGCCGCCCACCCCUGCUGCAGACUUCCCGCGCCGCCCGGCCCAGCCUCCGCCAGUACGACCUGGAGCUGGACGCUGGCCACGCCCAAGAAGAAGAAAAGCGGUGCCUGCUGGUGAAGGAGCUGCAGAGCCUCCCAAGCAGCCAGCGCAGCCACCUGCUGCUGACCAUGCCCCUCAGCCUGGCCCAGAAGCGCAGCCUCAGGCAGGAUUCGAGCGGGCAGGGAGACACCCUGAAGAAGCCCCGCAGGAUCCGGGGCCCCCUGCCUGGAUGCAGCCAAGUCGAGUACCACCUCAUCCUCGGUGUCCGGAGUACCUGGUACGGGCUGCUGUCCUCCCUGCCCACGCUGCAGCCCUGGCACUACGCCCUCAAGCAGAUCGGCGGCCGCUUCGGCUCCAGUGUCCUGUCCUACUUCCUGUUCCUCAAGACUCUGCUCCUGUUCAACCUCCUCCUGUUCCUCCUGCUCCUCGUCUUCGUCGUGGCCAUGCAGGCCGCCUACCCCCCGACCACCCCCGCCCGCCGCACCUUCAUGGGCCUCGAGCUCCUCACCGGGGCUGGCUCCUUCACCCACACGCUGAUGUACUGCGGCUACUACAGUAACGACACCCUGAAUGACCCCUGCAUCUUGGGCCCCAGCUCCGUGAGGUGUCAACGCGGCCACAGCCGCCUGCCCUACAACAUGCCGCUGGCCUACCUCUUCACCAUCGGGGUCUCCUUCUUCAUUACCUGCAUCCUGCUGGUGUACAGCAUGUCACGGUCCUUUGGGGAGAGCUACCGCGUGGACAGCACCAGGGGCGACCUCGCCAUGAAGCUAUUCUGCACCUGGGACUGGAAGGUGACGCAGCGGCGCUCUGUGCAGCUGCUGCAGGACAACCUCUGCACCCAGCUAAAGGAGCUGCUGGGGGAACUCCGGGACCAGUACCGCCCCAGGAGCCUGUGCCAGCAGCUGCACAGGCUGGCAGUGCUGGCCCUGACCUGGGCCUUGUCGCUGGGCAGUGUGCUGGCCUGCGUCCUCGCCGUCUACUACUUCUCAGAGCACAUGCACAGGGUGCAGCAGAAGAGCUGGGAGCAGCACAGCAGCGAGAUGCAGGAGGAAGCCCAGCUGCUGGCCCUGCCACUGGUCGUAUCCCUGAUGAACUUGGUGCUGCCCUAUGUGUACAGCGGGCUGGGCACCUGGGAGAGGCAGGAGUCCCCGGUGCUGGGGGUCUACGUGGCCAUCUGCAGGAACUUGCUGCUGAAGAUGGUGGUGCUGGGGAUGCUGUGCUACCACUGGCUGAGCCGCAAGGUCGGGCUAUCAGGGGACAAGUGCUGGGAGACGUCGGUGGGGCAGGAGCUGUACCGCUUCGUGGUGAUGGACUUCAUCUUCGUCCUGCUGGACACCCUCCUUGGGGAGCUGCUCUGGAGGCUGAUCCUGGAGAAGAGGCUGAAGAGGAAGCAGCGGCCGGAGUUCGACAUCGCACGGAACGUGCUGGAGCUGAUUUACGGGCAGACGCUGACUUGGCUGGGCGUCCUCUUCUCCCCGCUCCUCCCCGCCAUCCAGAUCCUGAAGCUGCUGCUCUUGUUCUACAUUAAAAAGGCCAGCCUGAUGAAGAACUGCCAGUCGCCCAGCAAGCCCUGGCGGGCAUCACACAUGAGCACUGUCUUCAUCACCCUCCUGUGCUUCCCGUCCUUCCUGGGAGCAGCCGUCUUCCUGUCCUACACCAUCUGGUCAGCAAAGCCAUCGGAGACGUGCAGCCCAUUCCGGACCCUGGAGACCAUCUAUGAGUCUGGGAAGACCUGGGUGCGGCGGCUGGAGCAUUCCGGCCCCAGCAUCACCUGGUUCACCUGGAUCCACCAACACCUGGUGGAAAACACCUUCUUCCUGUUCUUCAUGUCCAGCAUCCUGCUGGCAGUGAUCUACCUCAAAAUCCAGGUGGUGAAAGGCCAGCGCAGGAUCAUCGGCCUGCUGAAGGAGCAGAUCACCAACGAAGGGGCGGACAAGACGUUCCUCAUUCAGAAACUUCACUCUAUCUAUGCAAAGCAGGAGCAGCGCACCUGAGCCCAGCAGGGUCCCUUGAAGCCAGCAGAGGCUCUGGGGCUCAGGCCAUGGACAGCCCCCACUUCCAGGAGGUCCUGAGCAGCCAGAGACCAGCCUGGGCUGAGACACGACCACGUCAUGGAGAACGCUAGCUGCUGCCUGCCCGGCUGCCCCCAUGCUGCAGCCACGAGCCCCACUCGGCCAGACCCCGGAGCUGGUUUCCACCCAGAAAGGACCCCAAGGACUCCCUGCAGAGGUGGCCCGGACUGCCCGGAGCUGAGCGGCGUGUGCCAACAAGCCCAGGGGCCAGGGACGAGCUGCGCUCCCUUGUGCCACUGCCCCACGGACACAGGGCCUGGCGGCCUGAAUAUUGGCCCGUUCCCCGAGCGACCCUCUCUCCCUUACAGCCCCGUCGCAUUAGAAGCGCGAUGCUGCA